AUGCCAUUGAUACAAUACCUCAACAUAUGUUCGUUUCUAAUCCUCGCCAUCGCACUCACUAUAUCUCUCAUAAUUAAGCACAAUUUUAACGCAUAUGACGCAGCUAUCGAUAAUGCUUCUCAUAACAUGGAUGGAAGUGACUCUCUCGUGACCCCUCAAAACCCUGCCAGGGCCGACGGGACACUGGAUCACAUAAGAUGCGCAGCAUUGCACAACACCCUGGUUAAUCACGCCUGGAUUUCUUCAAGGAGAUCAAUUGACGAACUCAAGCGCCGCUCAUUCUUCGAGCGCUACGGGGAAGAUGCAAAUGCGAUUAUCGAUCGCCUCCAUCCAUCCCUGGUAUCAUUCCUAGAAUCAAUAAUCGUCUCCGACGAACUCCCGCCGUUCUUCUUCUGGGUCGAGGGUAUAUCACCACCCGCCGACAUGUUCUCCGUCCAGAAGAUGUUCCAGGAAUACAAGGGAGGAGAAGAGCCCAACCGCUUCCUUCCUCACUCUAAACUGCACCGAGCUACAGCAGCACUCGGGGUUGAGGACCUCGGGUUCGCAAAGCCGCUAGAACAACACGGCGAGCUCUGGCGUCCGCUCGAGACCGUGCUGAGCAACUGGACUCACAUGGUGCAGAUCGGGAAGGUAACCGCCUCGCAAGACGACGCCCCGAAUGAGAAGCUUGGGCCCUGGACCUGGCAGCCGUACAGCGAGGCGCAGGUAGAUAGCGCAGUCGUCGCAUUUGAACGCCUCACUGCAAGCAUCGAAGAGCGUAUGGCAGCUAUACACCGUUUAUCCCUCCGAGAGGGCUCGUUACUCAGCGACGAGGACUUGGACGCCGCAUCCGUGCCUAGCGGUUGCUUCAUCCGCUCACUCCUCACUCGAGCCCGGAAACCUCGCUUCCGGAUGGUUGCGCCGCGGCUAGAGAUACCCCACGACCCAGCCGCCUUCACAGAACACCAGGAGUUCACAGCCACGGAUGCGAGUUCCGAGUACGUCACCACCACCACUCCCCACCCCCCCCAGUCCGUAUCUUCGCGCCCGCCGAACGAUUUGUCGUCGAUCUCGACGCGCCCGGCCAAUAUGUGUCCACCGGUUAACCCCUUCUGCAAGCCAGUCCGAGACUGUGUCCCGCGGGGCGGCCGCUCCGUCCUCGCGGGCCUGUCGAGCGGUUUGCCGUCGACAAUGCGGAAGAAGGGUUCCGGCUGCUACUUCCAUUUCGACUCCGCAACCAUGGGGAAGGGGAAGGGGAGGGUCGUGGCGCGAGGAAGAGCGAUGGGAUGCUGGCACCCGAACGUGUCCAACUCGAGGGCGGGGGUGGAGAGGAAUCUGUAUGGACGAGCCAGUGCCGAGAUGCAAGCCUCGGAAUCCUCCCAGCUCGUAUUGCAAGCAGGACCAAUUGAACGGGAGCGCUCCAUAACCCUGACCACCACCCUCGGCACCGCCCUCCUACUCCUCCUAACCUACACCCUCUACACUUUCCUCUGCCGGCGACACCAACGUCAACUAGCCGCCCUCCAAGCCUUCGAGACGGCGCGCGAGCGGGACCCGAACCUAACCUGGGAAGAGCACGCGCGGAGGCGGCGGUUCACGCGGUCAAGGCUGCUGUUCGAGGAGGAGGUGCAGCGCGCGGAGCUGCUGAGGAAGAGCUUGCAGAGCCGGACGUCGUCGCCGGUUGCGGCGGAGAGGGUGGUGGGGGUGGGGAUGCCUAGCACGCCUACGACUGCGACGAUUUCAGGUGGUGGUGGUACUAUAAUGGCGACGACGCCCGAUAGGGAGUCCGAAGCGGAGCACCUCCUCCCUGCAAACAAGAAAGGGAACAGCGGGGAUAGACCCGAGACUCCGGAGAGCAUACACAACCACACACACAGACACGAAGUACCAGAUAGCUCGCCCUCUCAGCCAGGGACGCGGAGGGAAACGGGGCCAAAUAGUGGUGGAAAAGAGGACGAAGAGCACGGGGACGUAGUGGAUCUAGUGGCUCAGCUCCAGCCGCCACCGCCGCUUCUACUACUGGCGCAUCCGGCGUUACGGGGUCGGGAUAGACGGUAUCCGCCUCGGAAGUCGAGUCUGCUUACGAGUAUGACGUUGAAUUGA